GUGCCAACAUUGGGAAAAGGAGCUUGAGAUCAAGGAAAUGAAAGAACAAAUGAGAGAACUAAUAGGUGUACUGCGACAGAGUGAAAUUAGGAGAAAGGAAGUCGAAAAGGAUCUGAAAGUGAGAGAGAAACCCGUUACAAUAUCAUUAGCUUCAUCAGCUUCGGCUUAUCCUGACAAACACUUUGUGGAUGACACAAGAGGUCUCUUGUCUCCAGUCCCUGUUCGGGCACAAAAGCAGCUCAAAUAUUCGGCUGGAAUUGCUAGUGCUUCGUUCAGAGAGGCAGCAACCUUUAUCGAUCAAACACGAAAGAUGGUGCCACUCGGCCAGUUGUCAAUGAAAAAACCGAAAGCUGCAGGACAAGGUGGGAAGCUAUGGAGAUGCAAGAGAAGUCAUCAUCAAUGGAUAUUACAGUUCAAAUGGAAGUGGCAAAAACCCUGGAGACUUUCGGAAUGGAUUAGGCACGACAAUGAAACAAUGAUGAGGGCACGUCAUCGUAAGCGGGCUCUGCCAAGUCACUAACUUCCGUGUGCAAACUAUAUAUUCCGCUCUUAUCUCUCUCGAUCCCCAACACAUCGUACAGAAAGGGAAUGGAAAUAAGUGCAGGGGAUUCUAUUUGCAGGGUGCAGUUCAAGUGGCAGUAGGGAGCAUUUUGUUUUAGGUGUUACAUGAUGUGGAUUUUCCGAGGACUUAUAUCUGAUCUUGAAUUUUAAAGAUCGGUCAUUAUUCAUCAGCGGUAUCUUGUGAAUACAUGUUGAGGCUACAUAAACGCGCGUGAGUGAUCCCAAAACAAUAUUUAGAAGGUGGAUAUGAGUAAGUUGCUGGCAGAAUUUCAGUUACACAACAUAUCGCCAGUCUGUGUAUACUUUUUGGCAAAUGCAUUCAUCUUGAAAGAUAUUCUUGAGGAGCAUGUGCAGACUUCCUUUGAGUUUUUGUAUUAUUUUUGACAAAUUUAUGUAAAUGUAGUAUAUCUUAUGUAGUACAAUGUUGAAUUUGUUUACAGUUUUGAACAAGAGAAUUCUUUAAAGCAGAAAACUUAGUUUCUUA